UACCUCUCCUAAUGGAAGUACCAAAACCCAAGAUGGGGUCUCCAAUGGCCUCUCUUACUCUCACUAUUGCAUUAACCAUAAUCUCUCUCACCUUGCCAUCUCAAACAUUAGCAGACAACUACAUCUACUCAUCUCCACCACCACCAAAGCACUCACCUCCUCCUCCAUAUUAUUAUCACUCUCCACCACCACCGAAGCAUUCACCUCCUCCUCCUUAUUACUACCACUCUCCUCCACCACCAAAGCACUCACCACCUCCUCCAUACUACUACCACUCUCCACCACCACCAAAACACUCACCUCCUCCUCCAUAUUACUAUCACUCCCCACCACCACCGAAACACUCACCUCCUCCUCCAUACUACUAUCACUCUCCACCACCUCCUAAGCACUCACCUCCUCCUCCAUACUACUAUCACUCUCCACCACCUCCUAAGCACUCACCUCCUCCUCCCUAUUACUACCACUCUCCACCACCACCAAAGCACUCACCUCCUCCUCCAUACUACUAUCACUCUCCACCGCCUCCUAAGCACUCACCUCCUCCUCCAUACUACUAUCACUCUCCACCACCUCCUAAGCACUCACCUCCUCCUCCCUAUUACUACCACUCUCCACCACCACCAAAGCACUCACCUCCUCCUCCCUACUACUACAAGUCCCCACCACCGCCACCUAAGAAGCCCUACAAAUACCCAUCCCCUCCACCACCAGUUUACAAGUACAAGUCUCCUCCUCCUCCCUACAAGUACCCAUCUCCUCCACCUCCCCCAUACAAGUACCCAUCUCCACCACCCCCAGUCUACAAGUACAAGUCUCCACCACCCCCAGUUUACAAGUACAAAUCUCCCCCUCCUCCUUACAAGUACCCAUCUCCUCCUCCUCCUCCAUACAAGUACCCUUCUCCUCCACCACCAGUUUAUAAAUACAAAUCUCCUCCUCCACCAGUCUACAAAUACAAGUCUCCACCUCCUCCAUACAAGUACCCAUCUCCACCACCCCCACCAUACAAGUACCCAUCACCGCCACCCCCAGUGUACAAGUACAAGUCUCCACCACCCCCAGUCUACAAGUACAAGUCACCUCCACCACCAUACAAGUACCCUUCUCCUCCACCACCACCCUAUAAGUACCCAUCUCCACCACCCCCAGUCUACAAGUACAAAUCUCCUCCUCCUCCCUACAAGUACCCAUCUCCACCACCUCCACCCUACAAGUACCCAUCUCCUCCACCCCCAGUUUACAAGUACAAGUCUCCUCCUCCUCCUGUUCAUUCACCACCUCCACCACACUACAUCUAUGCAUCCCCUCCUCCUCCAUAUCACUACAAAAUGGGGUCUCUAAUGGCCUCUCUUACUCUCACUCUUGUAUUGGCAUUACUCUCUCUAAGCUUGCCAUCUCAAACCUCAGCUGACAAGUACGAGUAUUCAUCUCCUCCACCACCGGAGAAGCCUUACAACUACCACUCUCCACCACCACCACCACCCAAGAAGCCAUACAAAUACCCUUCUCCUCCACCACCUGUUUAUAAGUACAAGUCCCCACCACCACCGUACAAAUAUUCAUCUCCUCCACCACCACCUAAAAAGCCCUACAAGUACCCAUCACCCCCACCUCCAGUUUACAAAUACAAAUCACCACCACCACCGGUUUACAAGUACAAGUCCCCACCACCACCACCACCUAAGAAGCCCUACAAAUACCCAUCUCCUCCACCACCGGUUUACAAGUACAAGUCACCUCCUCCUCCUUACAAGUACCCUUCUCCACCACCACCACCAUACAAGUACCCAUCUCCUCCACCACCCCCAGCUUAUUACUACAAAUCACCUCCACCACCACCUAAGAAACCAUACAAGUAUCCAUCUCCACCUCCACCACACUAUGUCUAUGCAUCACCACCUCCCCCAUACCACAACUAGAUAGUGAUUUUAGUGUAGCACCCCAUGGAUCUGAAGAACUUGUGCAAAUAAAGGGAGAGGGAAGAAGCACCAUACAGUUUAUGCAGUGAAGAGUGUGUGGAACGCGUUUUGUGAAAGUAGUGUUUAUUUGGUUUCACUUUAUUAUUUUUAUUUGUACUUUGUACUUUAUGUAUUUAAAGUUUUAAGGCACUGUUUAGAUCUGGUCCAUGUGUUGUUACUCCAGUUAUAUUACUAUAUAAUAAAUAAAUACCCUGAUUUUUUUACU